GCAAUUCAAUCAAAGCAGCAUAUAACCUAUGAAGUAUGGUUCAAGCUGCUUAUAAACUUCUUUACUACCCACCACCUGCCUUUCAAUAUUUUGAACAUCCCAUCUAUCCCUUCCCCUCGAACCUUAUCUCGUCGCCUAAGAGAUGAAAGCUUGAAUCAACAAAUAACCGCUUUAAGCACGCUUCCAGAAGGUUCUAAGCUCUUAAUUGCCCUAGAUUGCUGGACAUCUCCAUACUCCUAA